AUGGCGACGACGGCUAUGAUCACUCCCAAAUCCCACUGCGACUACACCGUAGGUUGGAUUUGCGCGCUUCCAAAAGAACAAACAGCAGCGAUCUUAAUUCUCGAUGCAAGACAUCUGGACCUUCCCAAAGCUCAAACGGAUGCCAAUGCGUAUAUCUUGGGUUCUAUUGGUUGCCAUAACGUUGUAAUAACAUGUCUACCAAUGAAUUGCUAUGGUGCCAAUCAAACAGCGAGGGCCGCGGCGCAGAUGCUCAAUACUUUCUCCUCUGUUAAAAUUACUCUGAUGGUUGGAAUCGGUGCAGGAAUACCUACCAAGGUCAAACUCGGCGAUGUGGUAAUUAGCACAGAGUGGACGCAGUGGGAUUUUGGUAAAACAAAGAACGGCGUCUUUGAACAUGUCGGAAAAAGAUAUUUCCCGCCUGAAGAGCUGUCCUGCGCAAUGUCGAAGCUACAGGCCGAACACAACUUAGACGAAACAAAGAUACAACAGCAGCUUGACAAAUUGAGAUCCGAAAAUCAGAAGCUCUCGCCUAAAUAUACGUCAAUAGAAAAUUGCGGGAAUAGCAAAGGCCAUCCUUACCAAGGUGGUGAAAACGGUGCAUCCCAGAUCUCUAAGGGUUCCAAUAAUGCCCGGGUUCACUAUGGCUUGAUCACAUCCGGCAACCAAGUUGUUAAAGACGCCUCUCUUCGAGAUGAAAUUGAUUCACGCUUACAAAAUAAGGUUUUAUGUAUCGAAAUGGAGGCUGCAGGUUUGAUGAAAUUUCCCGCAGUUAUUGUGCGUGGAAUUUGCGAUUAUGCGGACGAAUCAAAAGAUGACGACUGGCAAGAGUAUGCUGCUACAGUUGCCGCAAUUUGUGGGAAAGAACUUCUGAACUGCGUGCACCCGAGUAGUAAUAUUGUAUACACGGGGUUUGUUAGUACUAGUGGACACCCUUAUCGGUUCUCCCACCAGCCUGGGGAACAAAAUCUUGGUUAUUUCGACUAUGACCUCGGACCAGCUUCAACCCGUAAAGAUAAUUUAACAAAGGAAGAAGAGCGGGAAAUAAUCAGCCAUCUCCUAGUAGAUGAUUUCAGCGCCAAACAAAAUUCUCUUUUCAAAAGAAGGCAAAAAGGGACCGGCCAGUGGUUCUUAAGUUCACCCGAAUACCAGACUUGGCUCAAAGAAAAAGGGAUUCUAUUCUGUCAAGGAAUACCUGGUGCGGGAAAAACGAUAAUGACAUCCAUAGUUAUAGACGACCUUACGGAACGAUACACAAACGACAUGUCUGUCGGUAUCGCAUAUGUCUAUUUUGGCUUUAAGGACACAGCUCAAUUAAGCCUGGAUCACCUCAUGCUCAGUCUCGUCAAGCAACUUGCCCUUCGUCAACCUUUGCUCCCAUCCUGUAUGAGGGAUGUUUUGGAAUGGAAAAAGCGCACUUUCCCGCUUAGUCAAGAUAUCGUAAAGUCUCUCUUUAAGGUUGUCGCGUUUCAUUCCAGAACUUUUAUACUUAUCGACGCCCUCGAUGAAUGUAGAAAUGACCUCACUGCGUUUCUGGAAGUGCUGUUUACCCUGCGCCAAGAUCAAGAUAUAAACAUCUUCGCUACUUCAAGGUGUAUACCGGAAAUUGAAGAUAGAUUUUCCGGUAUUAGCAUUCAGCUUGAGAUACGAGCGAUUGAGGAGGACGUAAGGAACUACCUAGAAAGACAGAUAUUGCAACGUGGAACAAGAGUUCUGAAGAACAAUAAAGUAAUCGUCCAAGAGAAGAUAUGGAGAGCAGCACAGGGGAUGUAA